CAAAAUAAUCACAACAAACCAAACGUCAAAACGUGCUAUAACCUCAAACUAAUAGUUUGUGAAACGUAAAUAACUCGUGAAAUAGUGUAAUAUGGAUGAUUUACAAUUGAAUAUAUCGGUGCCUAAAAAGGAUAAAAAGAAGCCAAGUGCGCCACAGAACAAUGCAGGAGAAUACAAAUUUGUUUCUAAUCCAAAAUUCACUGGGAAGACUAUAGCUAGGAAACGGCCUCAGAACUUAGCUCAAGCAAACCGUGCUGUACUAAAAAAUGCUGAAGGACCUCCAAAGAAGGUAGCUAAAGUAGCACCACCGAAGGAGGACAAAUCUGAUGAUUUGGGUGCAAAACUACGAGACCUGAGUGAGAAUAAAGGCAAAUAUGAAGGCAAGAAUUACCAGGAACUCAGUGAUAAUAUACAGUUGAAACAGAACAAGCCUCGGAGUGGUGGUUGGAUAUCUUCGUUGUUCAAAAAUAAUCCUCAAGUGCCUCGUAUUGGGCAGCGGGCUGUCAAACCGAUUGUGGAGAAGGUGUUUGCAGGCAAAACCUUUUCUGACCUAGACUUACAUCCACAUAGUGUUGCUAACUUGCAACAAACUCUAGGUUUGAAAGAACUUAUGACUGUACAACAGAAUGCAAUACCCGUUAUUUUACAAGGACGAGAUGUUCUUAUUAGGUCACAGACAGGUUCAGGAAAGACGUUGGCUUAUGCCCUACCAAUCAUAGAAGGUCUGCAAGCAAUAAGACCGAAGAUAAAUAGGAAUGAUGGUAUCAGACCAUUCCAUUGGAUUGUGCCUGGUCUGUUGAGUGGAGGACAAAAGAGGAAGGCGGAGAAGGCGCGACUGAGGAAAGGCAUCAAUGUGUUAGUUGGUACACCUGGACGUAUCAACGACCAUUUAAGACAUACAGCCUCAUUUAACUUCGCUAAAACUGGCUGUUUAGUGUUGGAUGAAGCAGAUCGUUUAUUAGACAUGGGUUACGAGAAAGAUGUCGCAGCUAUCGUUAAAGCUAUUGAGGAUCAUAAAAAAGCAGCCACAUACGAUCCUUUAGCUUUAAUGAAACAAAAUAUUGUAGAAAAAGUUAAAAAAGAAGAUUCUGAUGUUGAAACGGCUUUGCCAGAUGAAGAAAAGAGUACAGAAACUAAAAGAGGUCUAAAAGCAUUUACUGGUCAAAACCACAAAGAUUUAUUUAAAAAAGAUGAUGCUGCUGCACCCAGUACGGCUCCAAAAGCUAAUGUCGUACAAAACGAGGAUGAUAGUGACAGCGACUCUGAUUAUGAAUAUUUCAAAGCACAAAGGGAAUAUGAUCUUAAAAACCCCAAAGUUGUGAAAGAAAAAGAAAGUGAGGACGAUAGUGAUGAUGAUGAGGAUGAUGAAGAAGGAAAUGAAGAAAAAGCUGCUCCACAAGUAAAUACUUUCGCUGCAGCAGUCAAAUCUGCAAUAGUUGAGGAUGAAUUGGUAUUACCAGCAACAGUGAACCAAACGUUCCUUAUAGUUCCAAUGAAACUCAGACUUGUUACCUUGUGCGGUCUCAUUGUAGAACAUUGCAUAAUGAACAAGAAAGGAGGUAAAAUGAUAGUGUUCGUAGCCACACUUGAAAUGGUCGACUAUCUCUCAGACCUUAUAGAUACGGCGCUCACUGGCAAAGAAGUCAAAAAGAAGAAUCAAGAGAAAGCUAAAAAUUCUAAAGCGAAGAAAAGAAAAGCUGAUGAUGAAGAUGGUGAUGAUGACAAAGACUCAUCAUCAUCGGAAGAUGAAGAUGACUUCAAAGUGGAAUAUGAAGAACCAACGGAAGGUGGGUUGGUGCCAGUCGACUUGGAUAUGUUUAGCCUUCACGGAUCUAUGCCUCACGAGCAGAGGAUGGAGGUGUUCAAGCAGUUCCGAACUGCACGGAGCGGAGUACUAAUUUGUACGGUACGCGCCUUCAACGCGAGUCAAUCAUUGUCUUGUGUUAUUACCGCGCACAUGAUGUUGCUGCCCGAGGAAUUGAUGUGCCUCGAGUGGAUCUCGUGUUGCAGUUCUGUGUUCCAGCUUCCGCCACCGAUUAUGUUCACAGAGUGGGUCGUACUGGACGUGCAGCUCAAGUCGGUGCUGCUGUAUUGUUCCUAUUACCUAGCGAAGCGAAGUUCAUCAGGCAUUUGGAGGAGAAGAGAUAAGGUGAGAUGUUAUCCGAAAAUGUUACGUCAAGGCGACGAGUCCCGAGCUUUAGAAGCGCUGCGUACCGUAGUACCGGGAGCCACCACUGCUCAGCGCGCCGCCAUUGCAGUGCAAGCACGCCUGGAACACACCGCUCAUACAAAUAGAGACUGGCUGCUCAGAGCCAGCAGAGCAUAUACAUCAUGGGUCCGAUUCUACGCGGGGUACCCACGUGAUGUGCGCGAAUACUUGGACUCAAAACAACUGCACUUGGGUCACGCGGCCAAAGCAUUCGCUCUCCGGGACGCCCCAGGCACGCUAGCUCGCAGGGUCAAGUCCAACCCUAGCAAUAAGAAGGACAGGCCUUCCAAUAGACUCACUGUACAUGCGGACGAAGAGAAGAAACGGCCAGGAUUCCCAAAAGCUAAGUUCGGCUCCGGCAAUCGUAACAUACCGAAGCAGAGCUCAAUGCAUACAGCCAGCGAAUUCGACAGCGGCCUGCCACCCGUCGACCAAUCGCAACCCAAGCACAAGAAAAAGAAGAACAAAUGACAUUUAAAUAACAUAAGUCAUGCGAUUUAAUAUUAAAAAGGACCUUUGUAAAUAAAAACCAUUAACGACGCAGGU